CUUCCACCAAGGCCCUCUAGAAGCCUGGUAAAAAAGCCGACAUCGCGAGCAGAAGGAGUGGUCUGUAAGAAGCGCAAGCGGUCCACGGAAGUACGCGAACGCAAGGAUUCCACUGACGGAGACAGGAUGUGUCUUGCCCAGAGGCUGCGUCAUGAUGAUGAUGCCUUCAUUGGUGACCGCCAUGCGCGGUCUGCACUUUGGCGUGCGCCUUCCUACCGUAAGGAGCAACGUCGUAGUAGUUCCCCUGCACUCAACAACCACAAGGAUAGCAAAGGGCCCUCGCUCCAUAUUGUCAAAUCUUCCGAUCGCCGCACUUCUGACGAUAAGGGCAAAGAAAAAAACGUCUUUGACCUCCCUGAAUAAUAGAUGCACUGGAUCUGUAAACGCCCGUCAUGACGUGCAGAACCCUUCAUCGCACGGCGUGCCAUCUGUACAGUCCGUGGAUAGAUUUUUGGACAGCAUCGACUUGAGCAUUACUCCUUCAUGCAAUCCGGUACUUGCUAAAAGCAAGGUUCCCGCGACACCAAUUCAACAAGUCCUUCCCCCGACUCCCGUAUCCAUCGCACCCACUUCCCUGCCUUUGCCAGCAUCUUCUACAGUUGACCUUCGACCAAUCCCCUUCACUUUCGGACCGCAGAGGCUUAGUCUUUUGCAUCACGGGCACCCCUUAAACUACGACUUGAAUCUACUUCCUGAUGACCCUAUUGGUCCUAUCACAUUGCUUGGAGCAACUCAGAGCGAACCUGGCGCAUAUCUCGUUGCCGCAGCACACUAUAGGCGGACUGGCCGUUCUCGUGCAGCGUGCAAAGUGAUCAGAGCCUUGCUUGGCAAGCACGCCCCUGCCAUUCUUGCGGGUGGUGACUUGACUGGGGAAAACAAAGAAAAUGGUCCCUUCCAUCAGGUUUCCUCAUCACCAGCGAAAUCCCCCGCACCUCCUGUAUUUACACCCAUAGACGUCAACGCCCCAGCUCACGAAGCCGCUGUCUUGCGAUCUGCCAUUCUCGUUCUCGCAGCCUGUCAGCUGGACAUAAGUCGCGAUUCUUCAUCUCCCGAAGAGAAGAUCGCAUAUGCUAACACUGCUCAAGAACUUUUCCGUACAAUAUACGGAACGAAAAACAACUUCCUUGCUUCCGAGUCAGGAAAUACUAGUACAGAUGUAAACGCCCUAGGAUUGGCUUUUUCAGAUCGCGCCCGAAUUCCUUCUACCGUCAACAGCAACCUACCAACUUCUAUGUCCAAGCAUACAUCAGGCGUCCCCACUGCUCCUGCUUCUACUCGUAUUCUAGCUCUGGAGGAUGAGCUCCGUCUCACGCGCACAGCCAAGUCUACAAUUGAGGCCGACCUUGCCGCUGCGAGGAAGCGCCAGGAACACACCGACCUGUCUAUCAGAGAUGCUGAGUCCCGUUCUCGCGAUGCCCUCCGAUUGCUUGAGACCGAGAGGGAUGAAGUCCAUAUCUUGAAGCGUCGACUCGCGGAGACGGAGCAGAAGGUGUCAGAAAUGGAGCAGUCAGCUGCUGGUGCCGAGUCACGCGUGUGGGUGAGGCUGCGGGACAUGAUUUAUGACCAGUUUGGAAGCACGCGAGGUUUUUGAUGUGUGAGCUAAGUGUCACAGCUCACGUUCUUCUUUUUCUUCUUUUUCAGAACAUUGCGGGGUUAUAGGAUCAGGACCAGUCAUGUGGUGCAUCCCAUCACAACCCCAUCACCAUCAUGAUCACCAUCGUCAUCGCCACUUGUACAUUAUACCAUUUUCUGCAGCAUUCGAGAUACCGUGUUUCACAGUCCACAGUAGUGUAUGUCCCCCGUAUGCAUUUCAGAACUUGUAAUCAUCCUCCAUGUAUGGAAUUAGCACAGCAAGAGAACAGGAGAAUACGUACCCAUUGAAA